AUGAGCAAGUUGACUACUAAUACUUUAGAUGAAAUUGUUGGAAACAAUGUUACAAAUAAGUGUUGUAAUUAUAAUUGGGAUGAUCUUUUCAUUGAUAGCAAUAAUGAAUUUUUAGAACAAAAUAAAUUGACUACAGAUAAUAUGGAGAUUGAAUUUGAUUUAGUAACAAUACAUUCCGUCUCUCACCAUCUUAAGGUAAAACCAGUUUCAACUGGAAUAGAACAAACUAAAAUUACUGUUAACGAUAAUUGUACUUGUAAACUAUGUUUAUCUAAUUCUUCUUUAUCACAUAAAUUAUUGCUUAAAUUUAAUUUCUUUGAAUCUACCAUUAUUAAUGCAAUAAUAAAGAAUUAUGGAGAUGAUUGUAUUGCUAAUACUUUUGUUUUAUCAAAUGAAACUCUUAUAACUAUUUAUAAUGAAUUAGACAACAAAAAAAACAAUAAAAGAUUUGAAACGGUAGAAAAGAUUAUUAAUUUGGCCAUUAAAUAUAUUGUUUCUAGAAAAAAUCGUACAUUUGAUAAAAUAAAUUUUAUGAAAACUAAUGAAAAUAUUAUUAUAAACAUAUUAAAAAAACAAAUGAAUUUUUCUGUAAGAGGAGUUCUAUUUGUUUUCAUUUACUUGCUUAGUUCAGAAUCAAAUACUGGAAAGGUUUAUGAAUCUAAGGAUUAUGAAUUUUCAAAUAGAGUUGCAGCAAGCAUUUAUAUGACUUAUUUUACUUCUUCAUCGGAAGAGUAUAUGAAAGAAGAAAUUCCAAUAGUAAAUGAAUUUGAAUUUAGAAUGGUUGUCAAAUCAUUGUACGAUAGAAUUUUUGGUGAUUUUUCCAAAGCGAUUUUACCAUUAGAUAAAGAUACUGAAAAUAUUUUACCACAAUUUUUGUAUUUAAUUGAAUGUGAAAGUUUUGAUGAUGUUAUGUCUGAAACAAAUAUAGUUAAGGUAAUUGAAGAAAUGUCACAAAUGUUAUCUAUCAUUUUUAUUGAUAAAAAGGAGUUACUUUCAAUUGAAAAAUUUAAUUGUAGAUUGAGAAAUAUUUAUUUUGCAGUUGCUUUUGUUAUACUCAAAUUAGGAUAUCAUGCUGUAAGAUGGGAUCCUUGUUAUAAGAAGUUUGUCAAUCAUGUAAACGUUUGGAAGCAUGUUAUGAGUUAUAUUGUUAAUUCUGAAAUAUCUGUAAAUAGAAAUGGUUUGAUAAAUAAGUUUAAUAUUUUAUCUACUAGUUUGAAAAAUUACAAAAAAGAUUUUGAAUUACUUUCUGACAUCUAUAAUAAAAAAGUGAAGAAUCAAAGAAAGUUAAUCUGCAGAACUUAA